GCCGGGUCCUGCAGAGGGACGAGGCGCUCCACUUUGUUUUGUAAUGACGAUUAUUAUUAUUAAUAUUAGUCUCGUCAGGGGGCAUAACUUCUAAGCAGCCGCGUGGCGGAUGCGCACAAGCUUUUGCGCGCAGCUGGAAACCCACUAGGUUCAGUUGCGAAACGUACCGCAUAGACGCCCCGGGCGGCGCUGAAAGGAGAGCUAGGCCUACCCAGCACGGAGCGAGCGAGCGAGCGAGCGCCCGGCCUUCUGGAAAGGGACUGCAGUAUCCUCCUUCCCAAUGUUUUAUUCGGUUCCUGGUUUCCUCCCUUUUGACCAGAAGUAUCCGGGAAUACUGGCGGUUAUUAUUAUUUCAAUAUCCAAUAUUCUCCAAUAUUUCCACCAAGAAUUAGUUUUGUUACUUACUUUACUGAUUAGACAUGUUGAUGUUGUUCCCUGUGCUUUGGAAAUACUCUUCUCCACUCCCCCAAGUUUGGUGGACGAGAUUUCCCCACGGCCACCACCACCCCAGUCAGGUUAAUGAAAUAAAUGGCUACGGGAACUUCAUUCGAGAGGCUCAGCCUGGAAGAAUAUCAGCGCUGGAGAUCUGCAGAAGAACAGAGAAGGCAGUACCACACCUGGAUGCAGAGGAGUCCCUGUUCUUGCUUCCCUCCACUUUGGCAAGUCCCCAGUGGAAGAGAAGGAAACUUGCCGGAAAGGAGUUCUGCACCGGUGCAGGGGUGGAGGAUGGAGGAGGCCACCCCGCCUGGAGCUGCGAGUGAAAACUCUAGUAAUGACCUUGAGGAGCUCGGGCCGAGAGCGCCCCAGCGGGUCUCCUCUGGGCUCCUUGUACUGGGUUUCUGGCCUUUGGGGGCAGCCUCAACAGCGACAGAAGGGUCCGGAAGCGGGGACCCCAAACACCUUGCUCCUCCGACACAGCCGCAAUCACACCCGGAAAACACUGGGGUGAAACCAACAGAGGCUGGCCGUGGGGUGCAACUGACAGAGGUUCAGGGUGGGAAAGUUCCCGGCAAUUGUUUCCACAAGGGCCCUGGGUUUCCUGGUCGCCAUGGCAACCCUGGAGUCCCCUCGACCUCUCUCAACCACCGGGCGCCCGGAGGACAAUCGCCGCGCACUUUUGCCGUGGGCCCUGAGGCCUGCAAGGCGCUUCCGUCCUUCGCUCUUGGCUUCCCGGAGCCUCUUCAGUGGGUUCAACACGGCAGGGAUUGAAAAACUCCCCUCUUUUUUUUAAACUGGGGGAGAAAAUCGAGAUUUAGUAGAACUUCUGCUGGGUAAGUUCGGGUCUCCAGCAAAAGCCCCCACUUUGAAUGGCGAAUGAUGACCUCGGAGACGUGCGCUUACGCAGCGGGUGGGAUACUUUCAUCCAAGCCCGCAUCGGGCACAUCUCAGCUAGGGACCUGGGACUUGAGGAAUCCCAGGGGGUCUCUUCACGCAUACUGCCCACCCCCAUCGGCACCUGAGGCUCCCCGUGUCCGUCCAGGCAACCCUUUCUCCUGCCUGGAAAAAGUCUCCAAAGUGGGAGGAGAAAAGUCAGGAGCUAAAACUCAUGGCAUUAAUGUCUGCCAGAUCUUAUUGAGAGAAAAAAUAAAUUAUACUCCUUUUCCUUUAAGAGAGAAAAAUGUUGGAUUGUGGGCGUACU